AUGGCAUGGCGAGCGCCCGCUCCUGACCAGGUGGCGCUCGUCCGGGCCGCGGCGGCGGCGCAGGCUCAGUCGGAGGCCGGCGCGUUGCAUGCGUUUCGCGCGGCGCUGCACGGCCCUACGAUGGUGACGCGGCUCGGUGGGGCCGAGUGUGGAAAAACCCGCCGCCGCUCCGCCACGGCGACCCCGACGACCCCCCCGGCCGCGUCCCCCGCCAGCUCCCCCUCACCCCCGACGAUCCGCGCCUCCAAGCGCCGCCGCCGCGGGGCCGCCGCCACGGGGAACUCGCCGCUGCGGGGCGGCUGGGGCUCCGGCCCCCGCCGCUCGCCGUCCCGGCCGUCCCUCACGCCGCCGCCGCCCGCGGCGGGGUUCGACCCGCUCGACCCCGCCGCGGACCCGCCCGCCAGGGCGCUCACGCGGGACCAGGUCAGGCACUGCAAGAAGGCGCUCAAGGCGCUCGAGAAGAAGCUUGAGACACCCGCCGCGCUCUCCAAGGAGUUCUACAGCCUCCCGGAUCUAAGAACUGAGCUUCAGUCGACACAAAAGUUUACUGUUGCUCGGAGACCUGAAAAUAGGGCAAGAAAUCGCUAUACUGAUGUUUUGCCAUUUGAUGAAACCAGGGUGCGAUUAAAGUCUUCAACAGGCAAUGAUUACAUCAAUGCCAGCCUUGUAGAGAUUGAUGGAAGAGAUCAAACAAAGUUCAUUUCUACUCAAGGACCACUGACCAAUACAUUUGAAGAUUUUUGGCAGAUGGUAUAUGAUAAUCGUUGUCCUGUGAUUGUUAUGGUCACCAAAUUUGACAGUCUUAAGUGCGAUGAGUAUCUCCCAUUGAGCAAGAGCCAUUAUAUUUUUGGAAAAUUUACCAUUGAGAUCACGAAGAUCAGAGAAGAUGGUCAAUUAGUGUUGCGUGGUGUGAAGGUGCAACGUGAUGAGUCAGAAGUAGUGCACUCACUCCAUAUUGAGUAUUCUGAGUGGCCUGACCAUGGGGUGCCAAACAGCACUACUGAUGUACGAAGAAUUCUAAAAAGAUUGUAUCACGUUCCAAGACAGCAGCCAAUAGUUGCACAUUGCAGUGCAGGCAUUGGAAGAACGGGUGCUUAUAUCACCAUCCAUAAUACAGUAGAGAGGAUUUUACUUGGAGAACUUGCUGCUGUUGAUCUUGUUGAAACUGUCAAAAGAUUUAGAUCACAGCGCCCUGGAAUGGUCCAAACAGUGGAUCAAUAUAAGUUUUGCUAUCAGGCAAUUGCAGAUGAACUGAAAGAUCUAAUAUUGAAAUCAAAACACUGAGUGGUUUUCAUCUUUUCGAGGGACAAGUAACGUCAGCUUAGGCGUUGCUCUGAUGUAUCAGAGGGCCUGAUGCCCCAUUUACUUUCUGAUUCUUUAGGCUUCCGCAACUGCAUUCAUGUACAGCAUGUAGAAAGGGAUGAAGAUUUUAGCAGGAAGCGCAAGCGUUUCUAACAUUACCUUAUCCGAAGAUUGGGGUUUCUGUGAUCCGUAUUAACUUGUAUCCUUGAUUGUACAUUGCUCUGUAUUAACUUGUAUAUUUUCCUCAUGAAUUAGAUUCUAGGUGCUCCUUAGGAUAAUAGAAUGCCAAUUACUGAGCGUAUCAUGAACCCUGACUUGUAUUGUUUGCUGGUCGGCGCAUGAUGGCGCAUGAUGUCGAAUGCCCAGGAAAGAUUCAAUAUUUGUUGUUUCUGUUGUCACCAUAAA